CCAUACAUCUACGCAAACAUCUAAAAAAUAAUGAAUUGUACUUAUUUUUAUACUUUUAUUCUUAAGAAUUGUUUUUCUAAAAGUAUCUUUUCGUACUUUAUAAUGUUAGAAAGUGUAAAAAAUGGGCUGAUUUGGUAUGUUUAGGUGGUUGUAAGUGAACCGCAUCUCCUAACCGAAGUGUCGACUCUGCUUUGUUCUGGGUCACGCUAACAAAUCUUCAUAGUUUCUAUACACAGCUUAUGGCGGCCAUUUUUACUGGCAACUAGUCGUGAACGAAAAUUAUGAGUAGCAUUUCGGAUAAGAAAUGGCCCGAAAUUUAACACAAGGAAUAAAUCCAGAGAUGAGAAAAAGCCAUCACAGUAAACAUGGUGGCGCAAGUAGAAUAUUGGUUCUAUUAAAUCCAUUGCAUAUUCUAGGUACCCCUAAAAAACAGAAUGGUCACAGCUAGAAUACCUUUGAUCAUAGUCUGCUCAAUCAGAGCUGAUCUGCAGCUAAACAACUUCAGAGGUCUCUUGAUUAAUACCCCAUGUGCCGUGGUGGCUGUAACAGGGUCAUGUAUGAAGGUAGCCAUUGCUCAGUUGUAAACAGUGCUUCCGUGUACAUUGGUCCCCAUGAAAAAUUAUGCAUGUUGAAUGGCUCCUCUUGCAGCAACAUCAACCUUGGCCGACAGGUCGUAUGCUUUAAGGACCUGUCCUCUUCUUCAUCUUCCUCCUCUUCCUCAACCCUGUUACACAAGCCAUCUUCUGCAUUUACAAAAUGUCAUGUAUCCACUGUGGCCAAGGUGCAAGCUGACAAGCCCACUCAGCUUCCAACCAAAAUAUCAGCAACAAACAGACGCAAGGGAAAGUCACGAAAUAGUAGUGUGCCAGUUCAUGGAAUGUUGCAACAGAGAGAAGCAAAAGCAAAGACGGAACGUGGCGAUGGAGAUAUUUUCCUUGAUAGCCGGAUGUCUUUCAAAGAUAGAGUUAAAUCAAAAUUUCAUCUCAAACAGUGUGAAGGCAAAGAGGACUCAAUUGAGGAUCCUGAGGAUCCCUAUGCAUUUCCUGAUCCUGUGUCUGUUGAUGUACUUAAAACUUCAACAAAUCCAAGUCAUAAUAGUACUACUACAACUACUACUGUUACUACUGUUACUACUACCACUACAACAGCAACAACAAUUACCACUAACAAUAAUAAUGCCAAUAUUAAUAAUAACAACAACAUUGUUAUAUUUGGUAAUGCUGCUACUAUUGCUGUGUCCAGUGCAGUACCAUGCAGCACUAAUAAUGGGAGUGGUAGUACUGGUGGGCUUUCAACAUCUGGAAAGCCUGUGGAAUCUGUGGCUUCACACCAACCUCCACAGUGGGCCCGAUCAUCAGCUGAAACGAGCACUACGGCUGUUGCAAGUUCUGGGAUUGGUACUCCCAUAGCUAAACUUUAUCCAGAAUUAGCAGAAAAACUUGAAGGCCGAAAAACUCAAAAACCUGAUCAAAAAUUAAAAGGCAAAGUGGAAAGUUCAAGAACUAUGAACCGGUUGCAGACGAAAAUAGCUCAGAACAAAAUUAAAGACAAAUUGAAAAAGACUCAAGAUUAUCCUGGUAGUACAACUCAAUGUUUGUCUUCAACACCUCUUGUUUCUCAAGCCUUGAAUCUCAGUAGUUCUGCUUGUUGUAAAACUGCAUCAGAGCCUGCUGUGGCUAUAGCUUUCAUGAAACCAUCUCCAUCAGUAGCUUUGACAACUACUGUUGCUAAACCAGUUACAGAUGAUGGAUUUUCUAUUUCUGAAACCUAUGUAAAGUCAUCUCCCACAAAUCUACCUACUGCAGCUCUUUCUCCAGGGCUCACUCAAGUUUCCAUAUCCACUCCACCUUCCUCUCAACCACCUCCACCACCACCACCACCACCACCACCACCACCAUCACCACUUCAACCACCUCUUCCUACUGCUUCUUCACAUACUGAUUCUCUUCAGAAUAUGUCUACUUCAAAUAUCAAUUCAACUUUAAAUGUAACUGUAUCUGAAUCGAAAGUUUCUCAUAAACAGCCUGCUUCUCCACCAAUGUCACCAUCAGGUCAUCCUUCUCUUCUAAAAUGCCAGCUAAAAUCACCAUGUCCAAAUAGUACAAAGUCUGAAACCGUGUGGUCUCCCUCACAUAAUGCACCCAAUUCUCCACAGCAUGCUGAACCUAAGUUUUCAGUAUUACACACAAAACCUAAUAAACUCAAUGUACCUGAUAAUAAAGAAGUGAUAUCUAAAUUGAAAAGUGAAUCUGCUAUGGCAUUCUACAUGAUGCACCAAAAGAAAGCCAUUCAGAAUCAUGAUUGGCUGAAUUGUGGCUUGAAUAGUUCUGAAGAUGAAGAAAAUAGUGAGGACGAACACUUACCCUGGCAGAAUGAUUGGUUAGUUUUAUCAUCUGAUGAAGAUGUUAAAGAUGAAAAUCUGUCCCCUCAUUAUCGGAGCAGAAAAUUGGCCAUCCGACGUGCACGAUUACGGCGUCAUGUUGUUCAAUCUCAAGUUGCUGGUUGCUUCAAUGCAAAUAUUCAGUUAAAUAAGAAUAAAGCAACUCUUGCUUUGAUUCAUGCCUUACGGGAUAGGCCUCCUGCUGCUCUCAAGUCUUUACAUUUUGUGCUUAACAAACCGCAGAAGAAAUGUAAUGUGCACAAAAUGUCUGGUUUAAGGAAGAGAUUCUGUUGCUAUCGAAAUGAAGAUGAUGGUAAAUGCAAUAAGAAAGCUCUCCCUUGCACAAACCAUUGUAUUAAACAUAUCAUGUAUAAUGUCGAUCAGCAAUUGUUUGAUUAUUGUACAGCAAAAUUUGCAGACAAUACGCAAUGCUGUGUUCCAGUUUUUGACAUCAAACAUGAUUUACCUCUUUGUCAAGAGCAUGCUGCAAAAGCUGACAAUUAUCAAAAAGUUCAAAGCAAUGAAUCUAAACACAAAAGACCAAGGAAGAAACCUAAACCAGCUGCUCUCACAAAGACAAAGAGUAAAAAGAAGAAGAAGAAAAAUCAACGUUGCAAUGUCCGUCCACAAGAAUCUGUUCGUCGUGCUGAGAGGCUAGAGAACACUGAACCAGUUUCAGUGGAUGAGUCACCAAAUAUUGUUGCCUCUGCAUCUAGUGCAACUGCCAAUAAUGCUACUGCUGCAGCUAAAACUGUAGUUACUACAAGCCAGUCUUCAAUUCCACCAAUUACUACCGCUGUACUUGACACAUCUAGUAUACUUCAGGAUUCUCUUCUAAGUGCACCAGAAAAGACUGGUAAUUUAUUACCAAACUUACCUCCCCCAAAACGGACAUCUAUUUCUCUACACCUCCCUAUGGAUCUUCCUCCUGUCACAAGUAGUUCAGCUGUUGGUUCCAGUGCAGAGCUUAAUCAUAUUGACUUUGCUAAAUUAAGUAAAAAUUUCCAGGACCUUGGAUCUGUUCUAGAUGGUGGAUUUUCUCCAGACUCCAUAGAUAAAUCCUUUGAAUUGCCACUUGAUCAAGCAUCCAAGCUCCUAGAACAAGAUUUACAAGAGGUUUUCAACAAUGAUACAUUUGACAUAUUUUCAGGCCGAAAUGGAGAAUAUGAUCCUACAAAGGAAGAAUCUGAAGAUCUUGAACGUGCAUUAGCAGCAGCUUAUAAAGAUAUUCGGGAUGCUAAAGAAAAGCUUGAUAAAUUGUCCAGAGUUGGUGAUCAAUCUUCCCAGUUGAUGGAUGUUAAUGAUGAAGAAUGGACCAAACAUAUUGCAGAUUCACUUUUGAAUUCUGUCCAGCCUAAUACAGUUCCUGUCACUGCCACUACUUUGACUACUGGGAAUGGUCUAGCUUCAGAGCUUAUGAAAGAUAAUUUGAAUGUUCUUGAUAGUUCUGAUUUAACAGCUAAUUCUCUGCCUAUGUCUGGUCAAGUGAUCAACCAGCCAGUUGGUUCCAUUACAACUGCUACAUCAAAUGGAGGAACUUCAGUUUUGCCAUAUGGUUGGAUUAAUUUCAACAUGGCCUCAGUGCCAUCAUCACUUUCAGAUCAACCAUUAUCAAAUUGUAACAACCUCUUUAUUAAUAGUAAGCAUGUACCAUUAGCAUCUACUCAAUCUAUAGCUUCAGAUUUGGCCUUAACAUCUUCUCAACUUUCAACAAAUGUUUCACACCUUUCCUCUUCAAUAUACAGGUCUGCUUCAAACAAUCGAACUGUUUUGACUACCACUUCUAAAGAAACAGCCAUAGAAGGAAAUACUUCACUUGGAGGCAUGGCACCUCAGCAGGUUUCUGUUGAGCCAAAACCUUUGUCUUCAUCUGAAUCUUCAUUAGCAGCUGCAACAUCACAACAAGCUAAUUGCCAAGAAGGAACGCGAACCAUUUCUGCUCAUGCUGCAGCAGUCACAUCAGCUCAAACUGGUUUGCCAGUUCAUGUAAACAUCAACUCCCAAACCUCAACUCAGUUGACUACCACUAGUAUUCAGAUGCCAUCUUCUCAAACUGCCAUUCUUCCAACAUUAUUGUCAAUGCAAAGUGGCUCUAUUCGGCCUGGAAUCUGGUCCUCUGGUGGAGUGACUGCUGGAAUCCCUAUUCACUAUUACAAUGGCUUGCCUUCAUCAGGAAGAAUACCAUUUGUUCAGAACAUGGAUUCUGGACCACCGCCUGGCAGCUCUGCUAAAUUUCAGUUAAAUUCACACUUAGAUUCAGGGGAAUAUAAACAAGAUUUGACAUUUACUUCAUUACCACAUUCCAUGGGGACUUCCCAUGGGGGAGCCCAAAGAACACGGACUGAAAAGAAGCAAGGAGCAAAACCUGGCUCUAUAACACAAUUGAACUCAUCUGGGGAAAAUACAUAGCAGUGAAUGUGAUAUUUGUAUUUCAGUGCUGUGUCCGAUUGGUCAACACCAUCAUCCACCUCCAGGUGCCUAUAUCAUGCAGUUUUAUCUGUUGUAACUUUUCAUCUCCCCACUAUUUCUUUCUCAAUCUUAGUUAAUGUGUAAGACUACAGGAGACAGCCAUGAUAAAUUUAUUGAUAUUCACACAUAACUUUUCUUUAGUUCUAAAGAACAAAGAAGACGACUAUCCUUAACUUCUAGUCUUACUAUCAAUAUUUGAGAUCUUUAAUUGAUAAAAGUAAAAACUACAAACCCAAACUGAGCAGAGGAAAUAUAUAAGUAACACAAUGAAUAUAUUUAAAGGAAACAAAAUGGAGAAAAGUGUUUAAUCAGAAAAGAAUAAAAAGACAAACUUAACAAUUAAGAAAUGCUUCACCACAUCAUUUUUCAUCAUUGUAAAUAUCUUCACAUUUUUUCAUAUCUUUACAUACUGCACAUAGACACUUUCUAUGUAUACACACAUACACAUAUAUGUGUGUGUGUGUGAACUGUGUGUGUGUGAACUGCGUGUGUGAACUGUGUGUGUAUAUGUGUGUGAGUAUUUAAAUGCAUACAGACAUGUAAUACAUACACAUUCAUGAUUGUGCAUAUAUGUAUAUAUAUAUUCCAGGUGGUUUGGGCCCUUCAAAGCAAAUCAAUUAAAUACAACCUAUUUUGCUAAUAUCUGCUAUGUUUGAAGCGACUGGAAUACACUGAGGGGACUCUGUUAUUGUGGUUUGUGUUUAAAUGUAUUAUCAUAUCAUGAAAGGUUGAAGAAAACAAGCUAUUUCAUCAGUAGCUCAGUUCAUUCUUACUGUAUUUCACAGGGAGCAUAAGAUGACUAAAACCAAGUGUAGCACAUAUUGACCCCUUCCCCUCUGUCUCUUCUUGCUAACCUCUGCUCCUUUUAUCCAAAUUUACUGGGUAUAUGGAUACUGUAAUAAACUAAUUUGCAAAAAACAAAAAUGAAAAAAAAAAAAAAUGAAAAAAGAAAAAAGAAGAAAAAAAGAAGUAUAAAAAAAAUACAAAAUACAAAAAAUAAUCCCACCCCUAUUUAUGUAUUUAUCAUAGUGUAAAGAAAAAUUGAAUUCAAUAAUUUAUUUGGCAACUUUCUUUCUCACCGUUUGUGACCUUCUUUCAUUACUCACAGUACCUCAGUGUUUUGUCAUGAGCUGCAUUGGAACUGAUGUUAGUAUUUGUCGACAUAUUUUCUCUUGAGAAAAGCAAAGCCCUCAAAUUGUCAUUUAAUACAACUUCUAUUCAAAAUGGAGGUUUGGGGCUUUCUGACAGUCACCGUUAGGCUGUGAGACACUACUGGAAAAUGUUUCUAUUUAAUCUGUCUGUCUAUCUAUCUAUUCAUCAUCACCAUCAUCAUCAGUUGUCAUCACUGCUUAGCUAUUAAAUUAGGAAUAAAUGCUAUUUCUUAGGUAUUUUCUUUCAUUUUAUUCUUUAAAAUAAGAUUUGUAAGCAUUUUAAAAUUAAUUUCUAACUUCAACUUUUACUACUACUACUACUACCACCACCAUCAGUCAAGUACUAGGAUUGAUUUAAUCGACUAAUCCUCUUUCCCUAAAGUUGUUGGCCUUGCACCUAAAUCAGACACACUUAUUAUAUAGAUUGGCAGAAUUGGUAGAGCAUCAAACAAAAUACGUUGUGGUAUUUAGUUAGAGCUCUUUACAUUUUGGUUUCAAAUCCUGCCAAGGUCAACUUUGCCUUUCAUCUUUCCAUGGUUGAUAAAGAAGUCAAAGAUACCCACUAGCCCUUUCUCCUCAGAAUUGCUGGCCUUAAUCUAAAUUAGAAACCAUUAUUAAGAAGGCAGUGAACUAGUAGAGUUGUUGUUAGAGCACCAGGGGGGGAAAAUGUUUGCUGUAGUUUAUUGUGGCUCUUUUCAUUCUGAGUUUGAAUCUUGCCAUGGCUGACUUUGCCUUUCAUCCUUCCAGGGUUGAUAAAAUAAAGGACCAGCUAAGUGCUGGGGUCAACAGUAUUGACUAAUCCCCGUUCCCUCAAAAUUACUGGCCUUCUUCCUAAAUUAGAAACCAUUAUUAUUAUUUGUUUUUUUUUAAAUUAAAGUACUGUAAUUUCCAUUGUUUUCAUACACACUUAUUUACUGAAUAAUUUCAGUUAAUAUCAUUGUAAAUUUUUUAUUUUGAUUAACAUUUUUUUUCUGAAAAAUUUAUUUCAAUAUUAAUUUACUCUCUAAUAAGUUAGUUCCAUUUUUUUUUUAUUACGUAAUUAUGUCAAUGGAUCAGCCCAUAUCUUUUCUUUUCAUCUUAUUUAUCAAAGUACUUAGUGAUGGAGUAAUUACUUUUCAGCACCAAUGGACAAAUUAUGAAUUUUUAAAUAAUGUGACAUAAUAUAUAAUACAUUCAGCUUUUAUCAUUCAAUGAAUUUUUUUUUUGGCUAAAAUAAUGGAAAUAAUGCAAAAAAAUAUUUUUAAUAUUCCAUAUUGAUAUCUAUAUAUUUAAAAAUAUUUUUAAUAUUGUAUUUCUAGUUAUAUAAUUAAUUCAUAAAUGUAAUGCAUCCCUUGAUUGCCGUAAUAUUAUGAUAUUCUUUCUUCCUUCUACACAAAUUGAAUAAAAAUAAUUUAUUUUCUUAAUAAAUAUUAGAGGGGCAAAAUCAGUAACAUUUUCCAAGUAGAUGUUUGUAUCUGAAAGGAAACUUUUAAUGUCAGUUUUCGGCAUCAGCUUCAUUAAUAUAUGUUUUUCUGUGCCCCACACUCUUCUCCCAGCUUCUGUUCCUAAUGAUUAUCACCUUAUUGACAUUAAAUAUCUUAACAGAAUUAUUUUUUGGUCACAUUUAUUUUUCCUCACUGUCUUGUGUUUCUAAUAUAUUUCUUCACAUUUUAUUAUUUGCAAAAAAAAAAAAAACAAAACAAAAAAGAAACAAAAACAAAAAAAAACUUCCUGCCAAUUAUUAUUGCACUGUUACAAACAUAGCCCUUUAGUGUACUUUAUACUACAGCUUUUUUUUUUUUCAUAAUUAUUUUAUUUUAUUUGUUUUUGUAUGAGGGAUAGUGGAGAUGCAAUAAAUAGGUUACAAAGUUUAUUAAAUCCCUUUUGUUGCUUCUUCAGUCUCUGUUAUCUAGUUGUAAAUCUGCCAUUAAAUAACUAAUGUUUUCAGAAGCACAGUUAAUUAUUGUUUUUAACUGACAAACUAUUUCGAAAUUGUCAUUUGUUUAAUGUCAUAAAUAAAUCAUUUCCAUUUUC